AUGGCGACCUCCUCAGAGAUGAACAUUAUGCUGGCAUCCAUCAGCAAGGACAACCCAAGGACCUGCCGCCCCAGAGCCAUAGCUCCCCGAUGCUGCAUCCUGGCUGUAUGGGCGGCUCUCUGCAUCCUCUGUUCACACGGAGCCCCAGUGUCCCCCACGGGCGCUCACCUGAUGCUGUGCCAGCCACACAUGACCUGUGGGGACAAGUUCUACCACCCCCUGCAGCACUGUUGCUAUGACGACGCUGUGGUGCCCUUGGGCAGGACCCGGAAGUGUGGCAACUGCACCUUCAGGGUCUGCUUCGAGCAGUGCUGCCCCCGGUCACUCAGACCCCAGGAGUCCUUCGUGGUGAAGCUGAAAGGCCGAGUUGUUCCUUGA